GGCGGGAAGAGGAACUCGGGCCGCCACCGUGGCUAUAAAUAGAAGCAGCGUGUCCAAGGACACCGGCAACCUCGUGAAAGAGCGCGCACGGCGAGGAAGCGUCGAGAAGCGGACCCUCGUGUCAUUACUGUCGGUUUUCAAGACAAGUAUCUCGUGAAGCAGCAAUGGAUCAGGCAAGGUCAACGAUAUCCAAAUUUCUAAAUGGAGAACCACACUCCUACACACGUUUCAACUUGACUCAGAACAUGGAAGGCGACAAUAGCCAGGUGGAGAUGAAGCUGUCGUCUGACAUGGAGGAGGAAGUUGGGGGAAAUGGAGUUGGGGAACAUCUCAAUCACAACCCGACCAACAAACCCUACAUGACCCAAAGGUUAAGACGCUCGCCCAAGAACCUCUGCUUCAUGGCAGCCGCAACCCUCCUCAUCUUUAUCAUCGGAUACUUGAUUGGAUACUUGGUCCAUCGAAAGAAGGACUUUGCUCCCACCGCCGCAGCCUCCACAGUGCCUUUUAUAGAUGCUGCUCCUGUUCUCCAAGAGACAGGUGCCGCCCCCCUCAUGAACUGGGAUAAUGUCAAAAGCCUCUUGGCUCAGAAACUCAGUGCAGCCAAGUUUGAAGCCGUCUUUAGUGAUUUAUCCAGCACCAAUCACCGAGCUGGUUCCCCUGGUGAUGAAGUUCUUUGGAACAAGGUGUUCAAUAAGUUUAUAGAAUACGGUAUGGACCCCUGGAUUGAUAGGCACUAUGUCAAGGUUCAGGACCCCCCAGUUUCUGGAUCCAACAGAUUUGUCUUCAAGGGUGGUUUGGAGGAGCGUCCAGAUGGAUUCCUCUCCUAUAGUGAAAAUGGAGAAGUGACGGGUGCUGUUGUGUAUGCGCAUUACGGUCAGGACAAGGACUUCAUGAUGCUGCAGAACAAGAACUUCAACCUGAGUGGAAGGGUCGUUCUGCUCCGAGCUGGUAGAAUCAGUUUUGCUGAGAAGGUAGCCAAUGCUGCCAAGUUGAAUGCCUCUGCUGUGUUGAUCUACCCAGACCCCACUGAUUACUCUAUUGGAGACAACACUCCGCUCUUUGGACAUGUCCACAUGGGUUCAGGGGAUCCCUACACCCCUGGCUUCCCUUCUUUCAACCACACCCAGUUUCCCCCUGUCCAGUCUUCAGGUCUGCCAAAAAUCGUGGCUCAGACCAUCACCACAGCCAUGGCUACCAAAAUUCUGAGGCAGCUGCAGGGUCAGGCUGCACCGGGAGAAUGGGCAUGCUACAACAAACUGGGAAAUGACAGCGAUGUUAUAACUGUGGAGGUCAACAACGUUCUUGCUGAGAAAAAGAUAUAUAACGUUUUCGGCGUCAUCAAAGGCUUGGUGGAUCCAGAUCGGUAUGUGGUCAUUGGUGCCCAGAGGGACGCAUGGGGUCCAGGUUUUGCUGCAUCGACCGUUGGCACCAGCAUCCUUGUUGAACUGGCUCGUUCCAUCUCGGACAUGGUGAAAAACGAUGAAUUCAAGCCAAGGAGGAGCAUUGUGUUUGCGAGCUGGAGUGCUGGAGAAUAUGGGAGUGUUGGUGCCACAGAGUGGUUGGAGGGUUACGUGUCCUCCCUGAGCAUGAAGGCUUUCACCUACAUCAACCUGGAUGGUGUUGUAACAGGUCACAAGGCAUUCAAAGUAGCAGGCAGUCCCUUGAUGCACAACCUAAUUGAGAACACGCUGAAUGAGGUUGACUCUGCAACCAAAGGUGCAUCUCUCUAUUCUCGGUUUUCAGGCGGCAACUGGGAAUCAAAUGUUUUGGAGCCUCUGAAGAUGGAUGAUGCUGCAUAUCCUUUCCUCGCCUUUUCGGGCAUUUCAUCAGUGUCAUUUAGAUUCACCUCUGGUAGCGAAGACUACAGCUUCUUUGGCACAAAGCUGGACACCCGGGAGAAGCUGAACUCUGUCACGGGCAACCAAGUUCCUCAGCUGGCUAUAACAGCAUCCCGGUUCGCAGGUCACAUGGCGCUGAGGCUGGUCCAUGAUCAUCUGUUGCAGAUGGACCUGGUGAAGUACAGCAGGCUCAUGCGUUCUCAGGUGUCUCAGAUCAAUGUUAAAGUAAAGAACAUUCUGAGGAUGAAGCCUCAGGUGCUUCCCAAGGCCUUGAAAGUAGUGUGGUUGGCCUCCGCCUCUGGCUCCUACAGCCGUGCCUCUCAGAAACUGGCAUUAGACAUUCAGAAAAGUGACCUGGAGAACAUUGCGAAGUGCCGCCUCCUCAACGACCGCAUCAUGUCGGUGGAGAGGAACUUCCUGUCACCCUACGUUUCUCCCAAAGAGAGUCCUUUCCGCCACAUCCUGCUGGGCUCCGGCCCCCACACUCUUGCAGCUCUGUCCAACCACCUCGAUUUCCUCUGGACCGACCACCCUGAGGCAGAUGCCGACUUGUUCCGCAACCAGUUUGCCCUGGCCACCUGGACCAUUCAGGGCUGCGCCAACUCACUAGCGGGGGACAUCUGGUCCUUGGAAAAAGACAUCUAAACAAGAGAAAAAAAUCCCUCUUGUUUAUGGUUUGGCCCACUAAUCCCAACUAGCGGUGUGAAAACCAGUAGCCUGUUACAACAGUAAGUUACACAGCUUUUAAAAUCAAGGUUCGUAGGGAGUGAUGAAAGUCUAAAUGGAUACCAAAAUCACUGUCAUCCCCUCUAUCCCAUACGUUUCAACAUUUCAUUGAUGAGCCGCUUCAUCGCCCUUCUCCAUGAAGUCAAACAUUAAUGAUAAAAUAUACAUAAGCCUUCCGCCUUAACAUUAGAGUUCAAUAGGUCAAUUUGUUUUCUCGAACUGGAGAGAAAUUCUUUCAUUUUAUCAUGUGGUACUUGAAUACCACAAUAUUGAAAAAACCUUGGUGCUAAUAACUACAUUUAGAUUCCUGCAGUAAAUUAUUAUCAGGCCAUAAUCACAGGAAUGACUGUGAUUUCCAGCUUCACAGCUUAUAAAAUGUGAAAUGACAGGACAAUGUAAUGGGUUUUCCAUUUGUUUCACAUGAUGAUAAUAAUAAUAAUUCACAACUGCUGGUAUUUCCACUGCUGCUGUAGCCUCGUGUUCAAACCUGAGCUGUUUUUCGGUGGUAGCUAUAAUUUCAUACUGUGCUGAAAUGUGCUCGGCUCAUUGUCAGAGGUUACUUAAAAGCACUUAGGAUUAAGUUACAGUGACAACAGAAGUAGAUCUGGGACGAUCAGCAGUUACUGACAGCGUCAGACACUCAAAGCUGCAUUAAUCUUUAAAGUCCUAACUACAUGCAGCAAAUCUGUCUUUCAAAAAAACAAGGGAGAAGGUCUCCAACCAUGUGGCACUGAAACAAAAACUGUCUUGUCUAUUUAUUUUGUUAUUUAUUUAUCAGUGGCAGGGAUCACUAUAAAUAUAUCUAUUUUUUUUUAAAAAUCUUUUAUAAAUAAAAAAAGUAAUUAUCGGGAGCAGUGCCUUCCAUAAUUAUGACAGUUAUACUGUUGAAAUGACAAAAGCAGCAUCUGCUAACAAGAAGUGUUCAUGUCGACCGACAGACCAAGCUGCACUCAGAACAGUCGCACUCUUCUUUGCAGAGAAGUGUCAGGUGUUUUUUGUUUUUGUUUUUUCCCCAAACAUAACUGACACUUGGGUCGGUCACGAGUCCCACCUGAACUCCUCGGGACGUCUCGUCAGUGCUGCGUCAGUGGACACUUCUCGUCCUGACAACAUUAUCGGGAGCAGUGCCUUCCAUAAUUAUGACAGUUAUACUGUCGAAAUGACAAGCAGCAUCUGCUAACAAGAAGUGUUCAUGUCGACCGACGGGCAGUAACUGCACUCGGGACAAUCGGGACUCUUCUCCGCAAAACACACAGUUUGCGGAGAAGAGUCCCUUCCCCCCCGCCCCCCCAAACAUAACUGACACUUAGAUGGUCACAUCACAGCUGACGAUUUUUAAUAUAUAUAUUUUAUUCUAAUGAGCUCCUCGAGAGGUCUCGUCAGUGCUGGGUCUCUUGGUGCAUGUACACUUCUUGUCCUGACAACAUUAUCGGGAGCAGUGCCUUCCAUAAUGGGAAAAAAAAUUGAGGUAAUUUUUUACCUGUGUGUAUCGGAGGCAGUGCCCUCCAUAUUUCACUGUAGAGGUGGAUGUUUUUUAUUAUCGGGGACAGUGUUUCCCAUAAUGUCUGUAUAUAUUGCUACACAAUGCACAUGUGGUCUGCAUCCUUUGAUCCCCGUCUGUGAUGUUUCCCCAGUGAUGUCCCGCUGUUGUUGUUUCCUCUCAGACCAACUGCAGUCUGCAGCUUCUGCUCACACAUCUGAUCAGAUGGUUAAUGAGGUUUAACAUCAGCUCUUGCGAAAUAUAUUUCCCACCUGUCCUGCAUGUCUUUAAUCUGUGCUGGGUUUCUUUUUCGUGAGCCUUUUUGUCUCAUUUUUAAUCAAAAUAUUUUUGGUUGCCUACGGAACUGAAUUCAGUUUUAAUUGACUCUCGUAUAUCUGGGGCCGCUCUGGUCAGUGGUGUGGUUCAAUAUUUCUGGAGAACACGACCACUCUGCAGUUUGGGUGUUCUUCUUAAUGAUUUGGUCAUUAUGAACAUACGUUCUAUCUUCUGUUUAUUGUGUUCAUUCAUUCUUGUUCAGAGAUUUCCUUGUGCCUUUUAUUUGUUUUGUGGCUGCUUUAUUGAACUGCGUUUCUACAUGCAUUACUUUUUGGCUUUUUUUUUUUUCUUUAGUUUUGACAUUUCUGUAUUUGUUAUUUUCCUGUUAUCUACUAAAAUCAAAAGUUAAUGGUGUAAAUGCCUGUUACACAAUUAGAUUUAAAAAAUAAAAUUUAAAGUUACAGGAAGGAUGAAAAUAAUGACUAAGAAGUGGACUUAAAACAUUACACUGGAUGUUACAGUAGUUGAUGUGCGCCUCCUUUCUUUAGCUAAUCUGCUAAAGCUGGUCAGAAUGUUAUAGUUUUCAAAUGUAUUAUGAAACCACCUGAUGUUACACCUCUGUAGAAAAGCAGCAACUGUUUUAGUUCUGUAGCCAUUAAUAUGAUGUGCUGGAGGCUGCAUUUCUUAUAUUGGCAACUCACUGACCACAAGGAAAACAAGUUAGAAAAAAGCCAAUGUUAUCCAUGUGGAGCCAUUGUUCUACUAAAUAUGUUUUUAUUUGUAUGGAGGGCGUUUAAAUUCUGACAACCUGGAUAAAGAAUGUUUGGAAACUUGUUAAAAUAACUGCAUAUUUCCCCCCAUCAAACUGUAUACAGGUUUGCUUAGCUUUGUUUUGCUGCAAUAAACAAUCACGUCAUAACUGUU